UGAGAGCUUUUUCAUGGUGAAAGGAGCAGCCCUCUUCUUACAACAGGGAAACAGCCCUCAAGGCCAGCGGAGUCUUCAGCACCCCCACAAACAUGCAGGUGACCUGCCCCAACAUCUUCAAGUGAUGAUCAACCUUCUGCGCUGCGAAGACAGAAUCAAGCUGGCCGUGCGCUUGGAGAGCGCCUGGACAGACCGGGUCCGCUACAUGGUGGUGGUGUACAGCAGCGGGCGCCAGGACACGGAGGAGAAUAUCCUGCUGGGAGUUGACUUUUCCAGUAAGGAAAGUAAAAGCUGCACCAUCGGGAUGGUCCUCCGACUGUGGAGCGACACGAAAAUCCACCUGGAUGGAGACGGUGGAUUCAGCGUGAGCACAGCAGGAAGGAUGCACAUAUUUAAGCCUGUGUCUGUCCAGGCCAUGUGGUCUGCCCUGCAGGUGCUUCACAAGGCCUGCGAGGUGGCCCGAAGGCACAACUACUUCCCCGGGGGCGUGGCUCUCAUCUGGGCCACCUACUACGAGAGCUGCAUCGGCUCGGAGCAGAGCCGCAUCAACGAGUGGAACGCCAUGCAGGACCUGGAGUCCACGCGGCCCGACUCCCCCGCCCUGUUUGUUGACAAGCCAACUGAAGGGGAAAGGACUGAGCGCCUCAUCAAAGCCAAACUCCGAAGCAUCAUGAUGAGCCAGGAUCUGGAAAACGUGACCUCCAAAGAAAUCCGUAAUGAAUUAGAGAAGCAGAUGAACUGUAACUUGAAAGAAUUUAAGGAAUUCAUAGACAACGAGAUGCUACUUAUCCUGGGACAGAUGGACAAACCCUCCCUUAUCUUCGAUCAUCUUUAUCUCGGCUCUGAAUGGAAUGCAUCCAAUCUGGAGGAACUGCAGGGCUCAGGGGUUGACUACAUUUUAAAUGUCACUAGAGAAAUCGAUAAUUUUUUUCCUGGCUUAUUUGCGUAUCAUAACAUCCGCGUCUAUGAUGAAGAGACGACAGAUCUUCUCGCCCACUGGAAUGAAGCAUACCAUUUUAUAAACAAAGCAAAGAGGAACCAUUCCAAGUGCCUGGUGCAUUGCAAGAUGGGCGUCAGUCGCUCUGCGUCCACGGUCAUAGCCUACGCGAUGAAGGAAUUUGGCUGGCCCCUGGAAAAGGCAUAUAACUACGUGAAGCAAAAGCGCAGCAUUACACGACCCAAUGCGGGCUUUAUGAGGCAGCUGUCUGAGUAUGAAGGCAUCUUGGACGCAAGCAAACAGCGGCAUAACAAGCUGUGGGGUCAGCAGACAGAGAGCAGCCUCCAGCCACCUGCAGAUGGCCCUGCGGGACCCGGCGACUUCUCACCAGAGACCUUGGACAGCACACCAGAGACCCGGCUGCCCUGCCUGGAGGACACUGCCCAGCCCGGCUUCCCAGGCAUCAGGGCCCCGGGAGGGCCCUCUCUCCCCUGCUGUUUCCGGAGACUCUCAGACCCCUUUCUGCCUUCCCCUGACGGCGAAACUGGCAGCUCGGUCCAGCUUGAGGACCUCGAGAGGGAUGCUCUUUCGGAGGAAGCAGCGCAGCCAGUAGAGACGCACAAGACAGCCAGACAUCCCCAGGAGGGCCCCGGGCUCUGUGAGAAGGACGCCAGGAAGAAACUAGAGUUCAUGAGCCCCGCAGCCCGGAGGGGUUCCUUGCCGCAGGCGGAGGAGAUGGACGGGGACAAUGGCCCAGGACCAGGGAGGUGGGGGCGGCCUCCAACCCAGCUCAACCGGGAAAACCUAAAUAACAACAACAGCAAGAGGAGCUGUCCCGAUGACUUUGAGCAGGACGCCAUGUUCGGGAUCCUUAACAAAGUGAAGCCUUCCUAUAGAUCCUGUGCUGACUGCAUGUACCCGCCAGCCAGCGGGGCCUCGGACGCCUUCAGGGAGCGAUGCGAGGACCCUGGUGCCCCUGCCAUCUGCACCCAGCCUGCCUUCCUGCCCCACGUCACGUCUUGCCCUAUGGCCCUCACGGCCAGCCGGGCCCGGGCUCUGGAGAAGCCGGCUUCCAGCCCCGCCGAGACUCCCCCGCUCCUACCACCAGCAGGCUCGAGGAGGCCAGACACCAGUGGCUCUGGGGCUGCAGCUGCCCCAGAGCUCCCAGCUAGCCUUUUGGAACCUUCCAGAGAGACCCCAAAAGUCCUGCCAAAGUCCCUCCUUCUGAAGAAUUCUCACUGUGAUAAGAACCCUCCCAGCAUGGAAGUGGUGAAGGAAGAGUCACCACCCAAGAAAGAUCCGAAGCCUGCUAAGGACCUGCGGCUUCUGUUCAGUAACGAGGCCGAGAAGCCCACGACCAACAGCUACCUGAUGCAGCACCAGGAGUCCAUCAUCCAGCUGCAGAAGGCAGGCUUGGUCCGCAAGCACACCAAAGAGCUGGAGAGACUGAAGAGCGCGCCAGCAGACCCGGCGUCUGCCUUCAGGGACUGCACGGCCGGCAGGCUGGAGGCCAGCAUCCCCGAGGAGAACCAGGGUCCGGCCGCUCUCCGGGAGCCGGGGCCCCUGCCUUUCCCCAGCCUGGCCGGGAGCGAUGAGAAAGCGGAGGCUGCCCCCCUUCCCUUGGAGGGAGCCUCGCUGAGGAGUCCCCCCCACUUCCUCUGCCGCCUGGAUCACACCAGUCAUUUCUCAAAGGACUUUCUGAAGACCAUCUGCUACACCCCCACCUCCUCUUCCAUGAGCUCCAACCUGACUCGGAGCUCCAGCAGCGACAGCAUCCACAGCGUCCGCGGGAAGCCGGGGCUGGUGAAGCAGCGCACCCAGGAGAUCGAGACCCGGCUCCGGCUGGCGGGCCUCACCGUCUCGUCCCCGCUGAAGCGCUCGCACUCCCUCGCCAAGCUCGGGAGUCUCAACUUCUCGACAGAAGACCUAUCCAGCGAGGCUGACCCAUCCACUGUUGCUGACUCCCAGGAUGCCACGAUGAGUGAGUCUUCCUUCCUGCAUGAGCCCCAGGCCGCCCCGAGGAACCCACCUGCAACCUCCAGACCAUCAGGGACAUCUGCCCUAGAACACUUGAAGAGCCCCUCCUGGGCGAGCAAAAGCUGACCCUCCUGCUGCACCGGGAUGUGUGUUUUCAGAUGCUUCCUCUCGUCGUCUCACUGUGGAUUUUGGUCAGCCCCUUCCAUCUCGAUUUCCCUUAACUGAAGUCAUCCUAACUUUUCCCUCUCUUGCCACGGAGAGGAGGAGAAGACACAAAAAUAACGAACUUGCAGCACAAGAAGUAAGGGGAAUUCUCAGCGGUGUGGCCUGGGAGGACCAGAAACCACGAGCCGGCAGACACAAGACCCUGCUCCCAAGCCCUGCGUUUUCAAGAAGAAUCGUGUCUUGAGCAGAACGUGCGCAGAUGUGCGCAAACGUGCGCAGAUGUGCGCCCACGUCCAAACUGUUCCGUGUGCAGCCUGCAGAACAAAAGUCGCAGCAAUGGUGGCAUCGCUGCGGUAGACGUUCUAGCUCAUUCAUGGCCCUCUCGGAAAACUCGUGGAUGGCGACAUAAGUCCUACCUCUCUGUUCUUGCUGUGCUUUUUAUUUUUAAAAUACAAGAAUGACCAAGGCUCGUUCCAGGGAAUAAUGCUGUGUUAGAAAAGGUUUUUCCAAAAAAAAAAAAAAAAGAGAGAGAAUUUUCUUGUGUUCUGUGUUUUGGUUGGGACCCCAGAUGUGUCAAGACUUGUAACUCGACGGCACCGGACGGAGGCAUCCUGUGCGGUGGGGGGAGCUUACUCUGUCCCGGUGCCACUGUUACAGCUGAGUGACGUGUGUUUGACCAGUGCAGGGGUCAGGUGGGGAAAAUAUGACGAGCGUGAUGGUCCCAGCUGUUGCUAAUGCUGAAGUUGAAAGCACCCCUAGCAGAGGGGAAGGGCCCACCAGGCGUCGUGAGCCCCGCCUGCUGCCACACUGCGCACGCAUGUGGUUGCCUUUAGGUUUUGACAGCGCUCGGGCAGGAGCGGUGGUUCUGAAACGCGGAUUGUCCUGCUGGGAGCCCGGACACUCCGGCUCGUUUGGCCCUGUCUGUUCCUGUCUGGGGAGAGGAUGGAGAUUUCAGCAGUUCCCUCUCCAGGAGUAACUCAGCAGCAGCUUCUUGGAGAGGGGUGGGGCUGUUGAAAAGCUUCACAGGCGUUUACAGUGGCCCUUGCUGCAAGAAUACUGCUUCCUGUUUCCUCCCAGCACCGAUGAUCUGUGGUCUGGCCUCGCCUCUGUGGGUGGCCCCUUUCAGAACCAGGUGAGCUCGGGCCUGGGCUCUGGGCUUGAAUCAGAGGACUCAUCUAGUGUCAACUGGCAAGACAGAAUGUGAAAGCAUUUUGAAGAGAGAGCGGCAGCUCGGUAGAAAGACAGGAAGGUUGAAUUCAGGGAUCAGCAAUCUAUUGUGUAUGGCCCCCUGAGCUAAGAAUGGUUUUUGCAUUUUUACAGGGUUGUUAA